AUGUACAAUUUUACUAAGGGUACAAAUAAUACCGAUAUAGAUAUUGAAAACACAGAUUCCGCUUGUCUUUCACAUGUGUCCAUAGCCAGUAGCAGUCCUUCAAACUCGUUGAUAAACUGGAUCCGGAUGCAGCUAUGGACGGAGUCUGUUGUCAGUAUCGUUUCUUCUGGCACCCUUAAAUUCUCUUGUAGAAAUCCCGGAAACGGCCAAUCAGAAAAAUUUCCCGAUCCCGGAAUACUUUG